ACCUUUAUUUAUAUAUAAGUUUUAAACCUUUUUAAAGCAUAAUUAUUCGUUUUUUAACUUGCUGUUUGGGUUUUAUUUAGAAUCCUGAUCUGUCUUUUACAUUGCCCCAAGCAAUUGAAUCGGACGGUGAAGAUUCCGUUCCUUAGUACUCAAUCGCUGCACUCUGUUCUGAACCAGAACGGUUAUAUAGCGAAGAGGAUGGAAGCGGGAGAGAGAGGAGAGAAAUAGAGUAACAGUCACAGACAGAUCGCCAAAAUGAUCGGAAAAGCUGCGGUUUCCCUCGUCAUCGUCGUUCUCCUCAUCCUCUCCUACUACAUCUUCAUCGGGACCGUCGAUUUCAGAUCGCAGUUCUUUCCCAUGCUGCAAUCGCCGGCUGUGAGCUCCACCUGCGCCGGGUCGGGCGACGGCGCUGACCGCCCUCUGAGGGUCUACAUGUACGAUCUUCCCCGGCGGUUCCACGUUGGCAUGCUGGAGCGCCGGAGCUCAGACGACGCGCCGGUGAGCGCCCGAAAUCUGCCGCGGUGGCCGGGAAACACCGGGCUGAAGAGGCAGCACAGCGUGGAGUAUUGGAUGAUGGCUUCGCUUCUGUAUGAAGGCGGCGGCGGCGGUCGGAAAGAGGCGGUUAGGGUUUUGGAUCCAGAGUCGGCCGAUGUGUUCUUCGUUCCCUUUUUCUCUUCGUUGAGCUUCAAUACUCACGGGCACACUAUGACGGAUCCGGAAACGGAAAUUGACCGGCAAUUGCAGAUUGACGUACUGAAUCUUUUGGGACGUUCCAAGUACUGGCAGAGGUCCAAAGGCCGUGACCAUGUAAUCCCCAUGCAUCAUCCCAAUGCUUUCAGAUUUCUUAGAGAACAGGUGAAUGCAUCCAUUCUCAUAGUAGCAGAUUUUGGCCGCUACCCUAAAACAAUGUCUAAUCUGAACAAAGAUGUCGUUGCCCCAUACGUGCAUGUUGUGGAUUCCUUUACAGAAGAUGACCCUCCAGACCCCUUUGAGUCUCGCACCACGCUUCUAUUUUUCCGGGGAAGGACAUUGAGGAAAGCUGAAGGAAUUGUGAGGGCUAAACUAGAAAAGACAUUGGUUGGUUAUAAUGAUGUUCACUAUGAACAGAGCUAUGCAACAACAGAUAGCAUAAAAGCGUCAACACGAGAGAUGCGUUUAUCAAAGUUCUGCCUGCAUCCUGCAGGAGACACACCCUCAUCUUGCCGCCUGUUUGAUGCCAUUGUCAGUCACUGUGUUCCUGUCAUUGUGAGCGACCGAAUUGAACUGCCCUAUGAGGAUGAGAUUGACUAUUCGCAGUUCUCAAUUUUCUUCUCUGUCAAAGAGGCAUUGAAGCCAGAUUACAUGGUUAAACAGCUCAGGGAAGUUCCGAAGCAGAGAUGGAUUGAAAUGUGGAGACGGCUUAAGAAUGUUUCCCAUCAUUAUGAGUUCCAAUACCCCCCAAAGCAGGACGAUGCUGUUAAUAUGCUCUGGAGACAGGUAAAGCACAAGCUUCCAGGGGCCAAUCUUGCUGUACAUAGAAACCAGAGAUUGAAGGUUCCUGACUGGUGGAGAAGAAGGAGAUGAUUCCUGCAUCCUCUUUUUGCAACUCUGUACAAAUCAUAGUCAAGGUUAUCAUCAUUCAUAUUAACAACCAACGCCUUAGGGGAAUGGCCAGAGGUAGUUUACAAAGGGUAUCGGCAAUCUUUAUAGAUAGACCUUUAAAUUUUUUUUUAAUCCUCAGCUUGUUGUUUGGCAACCUUUAUUGCAUUUCCUGUUUGAUGAAGUUUUGCUUUGGUCAGUUUUUGGUCUAGGGCCAACAUCUGGUGCUUCUGAUAUUUUGACUAUGCAAGUGAGUUCUUAAAAUGUAAUCUUGAAAAUGGAGUGGGAAUGUAGAAUAGAGUAGCCAAUUCCAUUCAAUUCAA